GCGGAGAUUCGCCCCUCGCCCUGCCCACGCUGCCUCCGCCGCCGGCAGCGCCCAAACCCCUCCCUCGCUCAUUGAGAGCAGAUAAGGCUCCGGCACGCAGCCUCUGCUCCUGCCCCGGCCCUUCAAAAGCCGGGAGCGCCGGGAUCCUCGGCACGGGCGGCAGGAGCGGCCGGGGAGCGGCGGAGGUCGGAGCGGAGCGGAGCGGAGCGGGGGUACCCGGGCGCGGGGCAUCCUCGGGGCCACGCCGAUGCUCGCCGCGGGCGGGCAGCCGGGGGCAGGCAGGGCGGCCCCGAGGGCGAUCCCGGCUCCCUGGUGAUGGCAUGGACCGGCCGCUGCCCCCGCAGCCUCGCCCAGCCCCGCUCCUGCCCCCGCAGCCCCGGCGCGACGCGGAUGCGGAGCCGCUCGUAGCAAGAUACUUGCCAGUGAGCUGCGAGCGCAGUUUCCAGAUGAGGAAGUGGCACAUUCAGCCCUGGGAGGGGACAGGGAAUGCAGCGCGCUGGGAACUCCUCGGGGAUUGUGGCUCUGGGAGCCCAGCCAUGGCUGGAGAUUCCCGGAUCCUCAUGAGCCAGGACAUGGACAUCGGGGCGGCGUCGCGGGAGCCCAAGAAGAUCCCGAAGCAGGCGCGGGACGACGCGCCCAUCGCCACGGACAGGACCCGCCUGCUCUCUGCCGAGGGCAAGAAGCCGCGGCAGCGCUACAUGGAGAAGAGCGGCAAGUGCAACGUGCACCACGGCAACGUGCAGGAGACCUACCGGUACCUCAGCGACCUCUUCACCACCCUGGUGGACCUCAAGUGGCGCUUCAACCUGCUGGUCUUCACCAUGGUCUACACCGUCACCUGGCUGUUCUUCGGGUUCAUCUGGUGGCUCAUCGCCUACGUCCGGGGAGACCUGGAGCACCUGGAGGACGAGAACUGGAUCCCCUGCGUGGAAAACCUCAGCGGGUUCGUGUCGGCGUUCCUGUUCUCCAUCGAGACCGAGACCACCAUCGGCUACGGCCACCGGGUCAUCACGGAGAAGUGUCCCGAGGGCAUCGUGCUGCUCCUGGUCCAGGCCAUCCUGGGCUCCAUCGUCAACGCCUUCAUGGUGGGGUGCAUGUUCGUCAAGAUCAGCCAGCCAAAGAAGAGGGCGGAGACCCUCAUGUUCUCCAACAACGCCGUCAUCUCCCUGAGGGACGAGAAGCUCUGCCUCAUGUUCCGCGUCGGGGACCUCCGCAACUCCCACAUCGUCGAGGCUUCCAUUCGAGCCAAACUGAUCAAGUCCAAACAGACCAAAGAAGGAGAGUUUAUCCCCCUGAACCAAACGGACAUCAACGUGGGAUUUGACACCGGAGACGACAGGUUGUUCUUGGUGUCCCCUCUCAUCAUCUCACAUGAGAUCAAUGAGAAAAGCCCCUUCUGGGAGAUGUCCCGCACGCAGCUGGAGAAGGAGGAGUUUGAGAUUGUGGUCAUCCUGGAAGGAAUGGUGGAGGCCACAGGGAUGACUUGCCAGGCUCGCAGCUCCUACAUGGACACCGAGGUGCUGUGGGGACACCGCUUCACCCCCGUGCUCACCCUGGAGAAGGAUUUUUACGAGGUGGACUAUAACAGCUUCCACAGCACCUACGAGACCCACACGCCCGUGUGCUGUGCCAGGGAGCUGGCCCAGUCCCGCCGGGAGGGGCAGCUGCUGGGCCACCUGCCCGGCCUGGGCCAGGACACAGGGACAGCCAGGGACGAGCAGGAGCAGGAGGAGCAGGAGGAGGAGGAAGGCAGGGAUCCAGCAGGACAGAGCGGAGCCAACGGGACAGCGGGAGAGGGGAAGGAAGAGGUGCCUGUAUAACCCUGGAGCUGCUGGAGCAGACCCCCACACGCCCUGCUGGGACCCCACACGCCCUGCUGGGACCCUGACUGGGAGCCAGGACCUGCCUGGGAGCCAGAGCUGGGAUUCAUCCCCAGCUCUGCUGCCUGCUGCUCAUCCUGGGAGUCACUGCACUGCACUGUGCCUCAGUUUCCCUCCCUUUUCCUGAGGCUCUGAGCUUUGCCCUCCUCUGCAGAGCAUCUCAAUCUCCAUGGACAAGGCCCACUCUUCUCAUCACUGUCAAAGCCCAAAUUCCCACUGGUUGUUUCAUUGGAUGUGCAGAACUCAGCCCCUCCUGAGAGGGUGUUUAACCAAUCCAGGAUGUCCCAUCUCAGUAUGAAGAAUGUGAUUUCAUACCUUCACUUCAUUUGUGAGUCCAUGUAUUGUAGACAAUAUUCCAGCUGAAUUAAAAAAAGGAAAAAACCUCUCUGCUAUGUA